AUGGAGACACGAACUCGAUCCAGGCCGGAGCUACGCCCAGUGUGCACCAGCCGCGAGCAGCAUUCGGCAUAUCCCAGGACCACACCUCAAUCGGCCACAGGCCCGCUCUUCUCGGCUUCAUUGAGCUUACCUAGCCCCAUGUACCCAGCAUCGCCCGGCUACGACUAUGCCAUGAGGGCCCAUGAGCGAGCUUUGGUGGACAGGCUGGAUCAGCGGGGGAGGCGCGAAUCUCCUCAUCAACAGUCACCAACAACGGCUCGCUCGCUCUCACCCAAAGCUGAGCAAACCAUGGGUGCUCGGCGUGAUUCGGUCGCCAGUUUGCCCCUGCCCCGCGCCCCUGCCCUAUCGCCUCGGUCACAAGGCUUUGCACAGUAUCCGGGGCCGCAGACUAUCGCGGCCCAGACCAGGGAGAUUCUGCUCCGAGGCCUGCCGGAUGGCCUACCCCGUUCGCCGCUAGAUCCUUCCAGUGCCACCGACGACCGCCGCCAGUUGUUGCCGCCAUGGCUCCCCGGCGCGCGGCGUGGUAGCCAGCAGGUACGGGAGGAACUCCAGAGCUGGGGGCAUGUGUACUAUGGCAACAGCUCCAUCGCCGACUGCUUUGUCUCGGCUGUGGCUCUUCGACGACACAGCGACAGCUCCUCGGCCGAUGAAGAUGCGACACCCAAGGAAAGCCCACCUCGUCGUGGAAGGAAUCGGGUAAUCAUCCGUGCACGCGUGAGGCCGUGUGCACUCGAUCGAAAACCUUUCCUCCUCCGGCGAACGUUUGAUAUGGACGAACUAAGAGCUACCAUCCCGGAGCUGUCAUCCGUGGCGUCAUCCGGAUCCCGGCGGCCAUCAGCCGAGCAUCUAACUCGCAGUCCGCUUCCAGCCAGCCGGCGGCGAUCGUCAUUGGCGGCCAGCGCCAAUCACGGCCUAGACCUCGACAGGUCUCAUGUUCAGAGCACCAAUACGGUGCCGAUUCAUCUUAAGUAUGCACGCGCAUUCUUGCCCGUCCUGGCCGCGCUUCUCUACUCGGGCCACAUACGGAAGGGUGACAUAGUCGACCUGCCGCUGCCCUACCCGGAGGCAUGGACUCAGACCGUGGCACAUGUCUACACUGGCCAGGGAGAGCUCACUCAGACCAUCAAGCAAAACAUUCUGUAUCUGGGAGGUAAAAUCUGA